ACAGUCGAGUCGUCGUCGUCGUGUGCUUAGUGUUUCUAGCCCCGCCGAGAAAACAAAAGCCAUCAGAAGAAGCCUGAAGACGUUCGCGAAUGGUCGGUGGAUUCCGGAUAGGAAUGCACUUUCUGGCCUCCGCUCUAAGGUUUCUUGAACCAAGAGUUGACGAUGACUUUGUUGACCGUCUUCACUACCUCUACACCUCCACAAUGGUUCUCAUGUUUGCUGUUUUGGUGUCGGCCAAACAAUAUGUCGGUCACCCGAUAGAAUGUUUUGUGCCGGCACAAUUUACCAGGGCAAUGGAACAAUACACAGAGAACUACUGUUGGGUACAGAACACGUAUUGGGUGCCGUUUCAGGACCUGAUACCACACCGAUUAGAUGAUAGAGAACGCCGGCAAAUAGGAUAUUAUCAAUGGGUUCCAUUUGUGUUAGCUGUAGCUGCGCUGACGUUUCAUAUUCCGUCAUCGGUUUGGAGAAUGUUGGCUGGGCAGAGUGGCCUGAACGCCGGCCUAGUCCUCCAACUAGUCUGCGGAGACGAAAACGUGGAUCCAGUAGUCCGUGACAAGACAGUAGACAUAGUUGCUCGUCACAUCGAUGAUGCUCUUAUGUACCAAAGGGAUCACGGAGCCCGACGACACAGUGUCUACAUCUUUGCAAUUUUCAAGCUCGGAAAGUUCUACGGAGCCUACGUAUCGUCCGUCUACAUUUUCAUAAAAGCUCUUCAUCUUGCAAAUGUGAUUCUACAAUUUAUGCUUCUCAACUCAUUUCUUCAAACAUCGGAUUAUCCAAUGUUCGGAGCACAUGUCCUUUACGACUUGUUCAUGGGAAGAGAAUGGAGGGAUUCUGGAAAGUUCCCACGAGUCACACUUUGUGAUUUUGAAAUUCGAGUUUUGGGGAAUGUACAUAGACAUACUGUUCAAUGUGUGCUAGUCAUCAAUAUGCUCACCGAGAAAAUUUUCAUUUUCCUGUGGCUCUGGCUAACAGUUCUGGCAAUUGUGACAGCGUUGAAUUUGAUAUUUUGGUUCAUUGCAUUGGUUUCGAAUUCUUGUCGAGAACAUUUUGUUUCGAAGCAUUUGGAUAUUCAGUCUGAUCAGAUUAGUCGAUUUGUGCACCGGUUUCUUCGAGCAGAUGGGGUUUUCCUAUUACAAAUGAUUGCAUCGCAUUCUGGAAAUUUGAUGGCCGCAAAAGUAACCGAACAACUGUGGAUGAUAUUCGUCCGACGAAGUGGAAAACCAGUGAUAGAGGACAAAAUUGAGGACCGUGGAUCGGUACGAAGCACGAAUGGGAAUGAUUGGGAAUCGCACGACGACGGGAAAACCUCGCUGAAACGUGGCGAUUCAUGGCAUGAGACGUCACUUCCCCCGCCAAUGCCCAGUCUUCCGACACGGACACAUUAUGUUUGACAAUGACAGAUUUUUUCUGAAAAGUUCAGAACAUGGUUCCAUUUUUUUCAAGACGAGCUUGAUCAUGAUCUUCUCUUCAUCUUUACGGGUACUUGAUCUCCUUCUUUCAUUAGUCACCCCGCUAUUCCAUUCAUUGUAUGAAAAAACACCCAUUCUUUCCGAUUUUUGUUUCAAAAUUAUGUCUUUCAUGUCAUAAACACAUUUUUCUGUGGUUUCUUCCAUUAAAAAAUGACGUCAAUUU